CUCGAAAGCUACUUCCCCAUGCAAGGAGGCUGCACAAAAGGUCUGCAAGCAAACCUUGCCGUGCUGCAGACCAGCUUUAUUGUUUGCCCCCUUUUGACAACAGAAAAAAAAGAGAGACAGGAAUAAGAGAGUCUACCUGGAGGGUGCGAUUUGGAUGAUGGACGAGUAGAGGCUCACAGCUGAAAACAGCAAAAUGAAAGUCAACGUGAGUGUAGCGGACGUUUCCUUGAGCUGUGUUCUGUUUUCAUGGGGAUGGGGCAUUGUUGUUUCUAAGCGGCAUUUAUUUGAAGAUUUGGUUUAUUUUUAAAAUGAAAUUAUUUUAUAUGGUGUAUCUACACUUUGGGGGCAUCUCCUCUGUAGGUGCUGUCAUUGUUUUUCAUGUCAUUGGUGAAUGCCGGUACUUUAAAAUCACGCAUCUCUGCCCUCACCCUUCCCCUACGAUUCAGUCCAUAAACGAACAUGCUUACUCAGGUGUAAAUUCCACAGAGCUCAGUGAGGCUUCCUCUCUAGUAAAAGUUCUGAGGGUUGCAGCUUUGAUUUCUGAAAAGAGAAGCUGAUAUAUGCAAGGAUGUUUGUGUGUGAUUGUUUUGGGGAGACAACCUCUCUUUGAAUGCCCUUGCCCUCUUGUAGAAAAGAUACGCUGUACUGAUUGUGGGUGUUCGGUUUCUCCAUUUUACUUUGAUAAUCUUUUAGAUGAGUUGAAAUGUAUUUCUGAACAUCUGUGGCAAUCAGAAAUGCCCCACUCACCCACCCCUUAUUUUGAGAAAGGCUACUUGUAACUGCUUGGGAGGAAGAUAGGAAACUGCUUUGUACAGCAUCAUCAGACCACUGGUCCACCUAGCUCACCACCAUCUCCUCUGACUCCUAGCAGCUCCCUAGGAUUUCUGGGAGCAGCUUUUCCCAACUUUACCUGGAGACACUGAGGCUAGAACUUCUGAAUUCAAGGCAGGUGCUCUACCAGUGAACUGUGGUCCUGUUUCUGUCCAAAGUGUCCCGAAUAUGAUCUUUCUUUCACAUAGACCAUUUGUUGGGUGGACCGACUACUGCUUGCAGCUUACUGAUUAGUUGUUGCAAAGAAUGAGCACAGGAAGCUGCCUUGUAUUGAGCCAGACCACUGGUCCCCCUAGCUUAGUAUUGUCUUCACUGAUGCACAAAAACUUUCUGACCCCACCCCACCUCCAUGCAACAAGAUAUAUUGUAUGCAAAAUGUUAUGUGCAUGUGUUUAAGUCCAUUGUUCUGGAGAGGGAUCCAGGCUUGCAUCAGAUUCUCAAAGGGGACUGUGACCCCCAAAAAGUUUAGGAAUCACUGCUUUAGAUGGUGAAUUUACUAGAAUGACAAUCUAUUGUCUUUUUUCUUUUUUGUCUUUUUUGCAUUUUAUUUCCCUCUGACUUCAUGGUCUACAUAUUUUCUCUCUUGACACCCAUCUGUAUAUGCACAGUGGUACCUCAGUUAAGAACUUCAAUCGUUCUGGAGGUCCAUUUUUAACCUGAAACUGUUCUUAACCUGAAGCACAACUUUAGCUAAUGGGGCCUCUCACUGCCGCUGCGCUGCCGUGCGAUUUCUGUUCUCAUCCUGAAGCAAAGUUCUUAACCCGAGGUACUAUUUCUGGGUUAGCAGAGUCUGUAACCUGAAGCAUAUGUAACCUGAAGCAUAUGUAACCCGAGGUACCACUGUACUUGCCAACUUAGGGCAGUGCUUCAUAUAUUUGAUGAAGUGGACUUUAGUCCAUGAAAACAUACACCAUAAGAAAUUUAAGGUGCUGCAAGUCUCCUUUAUAAUUUUAUUCUACGGGAUUUACUGGCAAGGAAGAAUGCACAAGUUUGCUGCCAUAAAGUGAAAAGAAAAAAAGAAAAUAGCAAACAUUUACAAGUCUACAGUAUUCCAACACAGCCUUUUAAUUGCAAACUUUUAAAACUGUUACGUGCCAGUCUGCCUUUAAAUGGGUCUUGUCAAACAUAAAGUGAUGGCAGUUCAGGGUGCUGUUUCAGUUUGACUUGUCUGGGAAUCUCAGCAAGGACUUUGUGUUUAUUUGCUCAUAGCUGAGCAGCUUAAGCAGCAACUUCUGUCCACUCCAGAGGAGUAGCUAUGUUGCAGCAAAUCAAUGAAUAAUUUGUGGCACCUAAAAGUCUCAGGUCACAUCUAUACCAUCAUUUAAAGCAAGUUUAACACGCAUAUCUUCCCCCAAGGAAUCCUGGGAACUGAAGAGUGCUGGAAAUUGUAGUUCUGUGAGGAGUAAAUUACAGUUCCCAAGAUUCUUUGGAGAAAACCAUGUGUUAUGGUGUGGAUGUGAACCUAACAUAUUUAUUGUGGAAUAAGCUUUUGUGGACUACAAAACCCAGUGUGUCAGAUGCUGAAGGGUUAGCCUUGCUAAACUAAUAUCCAUACUUUGACGCAGAAAAAUGGUGUCAGGGGGUUGUAAAUACUAGAGUCAUGAAUUACAAAGGGAAGCAUUAGAUCUGUGGCAUUUUUAUGGAAUGCCCAAAUGUAUAAAAGACAAGAACAGGUCGACCCAUUCACCACAGGAGGCAUGGCGAUAAUACAAUAAUGCAAUAUGAUGCUGGUGAUGUGAUAAUCGCUCAAGAUAAUGCCAUCUUUCUAGCUAUGCUGUGGUAAUUUAAUAAGGACAUGUUGUGGGAAAGAGGCCCGCAAUCUAGAUUAAGGCCGAAUUGACCUUAAUCAACAUGGCAGUUGAAUACUGAGCUUUCCUUCAAAGUCUUUUGUUGCAUUAGUAGUUAGAAACUUCAGCGAUUAGGUGGGACAUCAAUGACCAAAAGCAAACAAACAAAUAGUGUGGUGAAUUUGAGGGGAGACUAGCCUAGGAGACUGAAAUGUUCUCUCACUGACUUCUGGGUUUCUGCUAGGUGGUCUAUUGCUGGUGAGCAGCAUUUUUAAAUCAGGCAUAAGGUAGUGGUUCUACAGCCAUUGCAUAAUUCUAAUGGGGUGUCCAGAAAGUGAACCUGCUACAUAGAUUUGUCUAAUUCAGGUUGAUAGUGGAGUAGAAAUUACGCAGUUGUUUUAAAAGAUUAUACCAUGUCCUUCAGCAAUUCUACUUCCAGGACACCUGAGAGAUAUCAAUACAUAUUUUUAACAGCAAACGAGCAUGCAGUAUUCAAAUAAUAGAUAAAACAUAGCUCUGAGGAAAACAUAUGAGUAGCAAAAUAAAUUUAAAUAACACAUUAAAAGGCGUGUUAGAAUGCAAUGUCUUCACCUAGUUCAAGGCAAGCUUCUCAGGGAUGAUUGUUCCAAAAGAUGGGAGAUGAAUAAAAAGACCUUAUCUUUGAUCACUUAUAAGGCAGAGGUACUCAGGGAAGCGACUUUGAAGAUAACCUCAGUCAUCUUUAUCCUUACUGUUAUUUGUAAAAUUUAUAUCCUGCCCAUCCGCCCAGGGGGGAGCCCAGGGUGGCAAACAACAACAGUGAAAACAUCCAUACUCCAAUACAAUUCCAAUACAGAUGCAGACUGGGAAAGAUCUCAGUUUAAAAGGCUUGUUGAAAGUGGGAUGAUCUUCAGUAGGUGCAGAAAAGGCAACAGAAAUGUCUAAUAUUUAACAGGAAGGAAUUCCAGAGGGCAGAUGUCAUAACACUAAAGGACAAUUCCUACACUGUGCAGAAUGAAACUCCUGAUAACAUGGUGUCUGCAGGAGACCCUCAUCUCUAGAGCACAAGUGAUCAAUGGGAUAUAUAAGAGGUGAGACAAUCUUCUUGUCACAGUCCUGGUGGAAUCCCCAAAUGCUUCUUCCUAAGGAUUCCAGGUGGCAGUGCAAUUCAUGUUAUCUUCAGUAGAGGAAAGGUCUUUGGGAGCAGGAGCUAACUGCUCCAAGUCAGUUGUGAGUAUGUUGUCACACUAUGGAGUGUAGCUGAUUGGAGUUGUAUUGGAGAAUUAAUUGGCAGGGAUCUUGCUUGAAUUCAGGUCACACUGCACAGGAAAUAUGGGUCAACCAGUGUUGACAGGUGGCUGAACCCAUCUACCCAUCAGAGUGCCUUGUUGGGGGUGCUGGAUCUGGCCCGCCAAGGAUGGGAAAAUUUGCCACCCUAGCUGUACAGGUGUGUGGGUAAUCAUCACAGUGCCAUUGUUCUGAGGAUAGGAGCAGAGAUGAUUAUGGUUGAGCAUAAAUUGGCAGGACUUGGUGGAUGACAAACCUGGUUGCUUGUAGACCAUUUUUAUGGGAGUUGUUGGUAUAUAAAGCUUUUGGGCCAGAGGGAGGGGUCACUCUGGGGUGGAACAUGGGGCUGGGCCUGUGGGAACAGUCCCUCUACCGCAGGGGUCAGCAAACUUUUUCAGCAGGGGGCCGGUCCACUGUCCCUCAGACCUUUUGGGGGGCCGGACUAUAUUUUUUUUGGGGGGGGGGAUGAACAAAUUCCUAUACCCCACAAAUAACCCAGAGAUGCAUUUUAAAUAAAAACACACGUUCUACUCAUGUAAAAACACGCUGAUUCCUGGACUGUCCGCAGGCCGGAUUUAGAAGGCGAUUGGGCCAGAUCCACCCCCCCCGGCCUUAGUUUGCCUACCCAUGCUCUACCCCAUCAUGUGUUGAUUUAACCCUUAAGUGGAAUGCCUGAAUAGAGCUCAAGUGAUGCUCUGAAGGUGUGAGACUGGAACAUGGGACAAUACACUGAGUCAAGCUAUUGGUCCAUCUAGCUCACUGAUUGGUCCAUCUACGCUGAUUGGCAGUGACACUCCAGAAUUUGAGACAGGGCUCUCUCCCAGCCCUACCUGGAGAUGUCAGGGGUUGGGGAGAUGCUCUACCACUGAGCUACAGCCCUUUCCCAACUGCUUCAAGUACAAUGCUUUCCCAUAGAGAGCUCAUGUGCAACACCAAGUGAUAACUCAUUUAAUGAUAAGAUGUCAAUUGAUGCACAUGCAUAUAUGUACAUGCAUGUGUAAAUCUGCCUUUCUCAGCUUGCCUUCCUCUACCUGUAUGAUGCUGAAUUUUUCUGAAUCAUUGAUCCAUCCAGUCCAAUAGUGUCUAUUUUGAUUGGCAGCCUCUCUCCAUGGCUCCAGGCUUGCUCUGAUAAAUUUAACUGGUCAUACAGGUGAUCUAUGUAUAUGUUUGAAAUGUGGGAAGCUCCAGGUAUGUUUAGAUUAGGAAAUGACACAGGGACCGACCUGAAGCCUUGAAGAUUAGAUGGGGUAAUGGUCUGACAUGGUGCAAGGCAAAUUCUUGCAUAGCCUGAAGGCAGGCAGGCAGGCAAAGCAACAGUUUAGUAGGAAUUAAGGCAGGGAAGGAAUAAAAUAAACUACUCAGCUUGCAACAAUUGAUUGAGUUGGAGGAGCCAGUUAUUGGAUUCCAGGAAAACAACAACUCUUCAGGCUUCAUCAGCAGGUAGAAAGAGCUCCCAUCAAUCCAUAGCAAAUAUAAGGCAGAACCUGGAAAUGUUCCACAGAGGCAAAAAAUUCAUUGUUUAUGUUAGAAGGAAUGAGAUUGCUUGAAUCUGGGAAGUUAGAAUCAUUCAUUUAAAGCAGGCAUAGGCAAACUCUGGCCCUCCAGAUGUUUGGGACUACAAUUCCCAUCAUCCCUGACCACUGGUCCUGUUAGCUAGAGAUGGUGGGAAUUGUAGUCCCAAACAUCUGGAGGGGCGGAGUUUGCCUAUGCCUGAUUUAAAGGAUGUCAAGAGUCUUUGGGCCAAGUGUUGCUAAGUAUCAGAGAUCCCCAACAAAAUUUGAUAAAUACAUUUAAAAACGCUGGUUUUAAAUGUAAUAAAUCCGCCAAAUGGCAAAAUACGUGUGGAAUUUUGGUGCAGCUCCACUCUUGAAGCUGUCAUUGGUGUUCAUCAGCAACUACAGACAACAGUGGCACCUGAGAUCCUUUUUCAUCAUUGAAUCACACCUGCCUUCUUGAAUAUUGAGCCUAUAUUAGUUAUGAGUUACCAGCCUCUGCAGCCACAGCAGGCGUUGUGAUACUCCAGCAAUUUGACUUCACCCCAGGAGGUGCAUUCCAUUGUCUCUUGAGGCAGAUGGAUUACAACAACAACAACAAAAUAGUUCUUGUUAAGGCACAUUAGAAAUUUAAAUAACUCUUUAAAAACACACCACUGGCCAAGUUGAUAUUCUAGCAGAUAACCUCCUUUCAAAGUCAGUUUCCAGUUCGGAAUAAAGUUCUUGCUGAUUUCAACAUGGAACUGUCACUUCUCCCAUUGUCCCAGGGAUAUAUCUCAGUGGUCAUAGGGAUGGUUGGGCUCUUACAUGAAAAACAAAAUCUGUUAGGAGGUUCAGAGGACAGGAGGGGCCAGAUCUUGAAUAUGUGGUUAUGAUAUCCACCCCUGUAGUAGGAAUAUAUUUGAGGCUCAUUUUGCUGGUUGGCACAGGAACUGCUAAAGCUUUUAAAAGGCUGAAAGAAGUUCAACACCCACCAAUUACUCUCCAGCACUGUCUUUCUGUGGAUAUGUAAAGGACCACUAUACUGCAGUCCUGACUCCAGAACAGCAGAUAGUAUUGUCCAUGGCAGGGUUAGGGGGACUCAUGGCCUUCUAGGUGCUGCAGGACUUCAACUCCCAUCAUCCCUCACCAUGGACCAUGCUGGCUGUGGCUGAUGGGAGUUGGAGUCCAAGAACAUCCAAAGAGGUAUGGCUUCCCCACCCCUGGUCUAAGGUUUUUAAAACCAAGCAGGUAAUUUAACAGCAUUUGCCAUACUGCAGCCAAAAUGGUAAUAUAGGUCACAUCCACAUCAAGCAUUUAAAGCACCCUUAUAACACUUGAGGGACACGGGUGGCGCUGUGGGUUAAACCACAGAGCCUAGGACUUGCCGAUUAGAAGGUCGGCAGUUCGAAUCCCCGCGACGGAGUGAGCUCCCGUUGCUCGGUCACUGCUCCUGCCAACCUAGCAGUUUGAAAGCACGUCAAAGUGCAAAUAGAUAAAUAGGUACCGCUCUGGCGGGAAGGUAAACGGCAUUUCCGUGCACUGCUCUGGUUUGCCAGAAGCGGCUUAGUCAUGCUGGCCACAUGACCCGGAAGCUGUACGCCGGCUCCCUUGGCCAAUAAAGUGAGAUGAGCGUCGCAACCCCAGAGUCGGCCACAACUGGACCUAGUGGUCAGGGGUCCCUUUACCUUGACCUAUAACACUUGAAGAGCCGUGGCUUCCCCCAAAAGAAUCUGGGUGCUGCGGCUUUAAUCUGAAGGGUCUCCAAACAGCUCUUGGCACCUUUAGCAAACUGAAGUUCCCAGGAUCCCAUGACUGUUAAAGUGGCGUGAACAUGCUUUAAAUAUUGAUGUGACUGGGUUUGUACAACAAGAGCCCAAUUUCUCAUUCUUUCAUUCCUCCUGAGCUGUCAUCAUGCUGCGUGAGUCACUGCCGCUGAACCAGGUCAAAAAGGGAAAUGAGAGGCGGGGGGGAAAUAACAUGACAAAGUGGAAGAUGCUCUAGAGCAGAGGCACAGCUGAAAGGGCAGGCCUUCCUCUGGCUGGGUGUGAAAUGCAUUCAUUUCCUUUUCCUGCAAGUGCGGUUGCCAUGGUCUGCAUAACAAGACCUCAAAGAAGUCCCGUGGAUAACCGCGGCCAAGGAGCGCUCUCUGAAAAUGCCAAGCAAUGCUUGGUGCUGUGCCUGGCUUGGCUCUGGGGCCAUCUUUCCAGCAGCCUUUGAGGUGGAAAGGCUAGCUCAGGGGGUCAGAACUCUGUGUCUAGAGCUGAAAUUCAGGUUUGAUCUGAAGAGGGGGGACAGUGCUGGAUUUAGGGCAGUGUGGGCGGUUCCCCUACACAGGACACCAAGCCAAGCAGGUGUGAAACCGAGAAGAUCCAUAGUUGAGAAGGUCCACUUGGGGGUGCCAAAUUUUGGCCUCACACAGGGCACUAUAUUAUGAAAGAUUAUCAAAGUCCGCCUGGGAGGGACAGGGAGCAAAUAUGCAAGUAUGUGUCCUCUCAUCUUCUCUUAUUUGGCAAUGUGCAAGUGGCCACCAGAUUUACCUGUGUUUCGCUUGCUUGUUUUUCACCCACUCGACCUGUAUAUUUGGUAAUAAAUGAGCCUUACAAAAAACGCCACAGGACUUCAGCAACUUCUUACUCACAGGAAAAUGAUCCUGUAAAGAUGCCCUUGCAGGCAAGAGCACUAAAGAGCGGGGGAAGAGAGACUCCUACCUGUUAAAACUUUUUGAUAUGAGGUUAAAUGUGCACGUACCGAAAAAAGAAAGAAAAAUGAAAGAAUACUUUUAAAUAAUAAUGGCACUGAGUUCUAAACUAAGAGAAGGAAAAGACAAACAUUAAAGAGAACUUAAAAAGCAGGAUUCGACUCACUGAGUAAUAUCCUUAGACAAAGCUGAAUUAAGACAAAAAGGAGAUAUGGGCCCGAGCUGGGAAUCGUAGCUCUGUAAGGGAUCUCCUAACAGCUUUCAGCACCCUUAACAAACUACAGUUCCCAGGAUUCUGUUUAAAGUGGCAUGGUACUGCUUUAAGUGCAUGUUAAGGUGCUCUGCCUGUUUUUCAAGGUCCUGAGUGCUGCGAGUUUUCCUUCUGUGAAAGGGUCAUUCUGUGGUGCCUACAACUGUUUCUUAAUGAUUUCCAAAUGUGCUCCUGGGCCCCCAAAGGGCCCCCUGAAGUGGGGCUUCAGUGCUGCAUUGCAUUGCAUUUGGUUCUCAAAUCCUCUUCUCCUUUGCCCUGCAAGCAAAGUUGACGAUUUGACAAGACGGGUAAAAAUUUUGCCUUGCUAGUAGCGCGUACUAAAAAUAUACAGAACCCUCAAGCAACGAGAAGGAAGUUGUGUUUUCACAAGAUAGUACCUUCUCAAAGCAGAUGGGAAGUGUGACUCUAAGGGGAAAUGCAGAAUGCUCAGAUAGACUCAAAUAGAUUUGGAAGGGACACUGAAGUAAGUCUUUUUCAAGAGUGUCUAUACACGACCAUUUUCUUAAUUCAACAGGAUUUGUGUUUAGUCGUGUCUGACUCUUCGUGACCCCAUGGACCAGAGCACGCCAGGCACUCCUGUCUUCCACUGCCUCCCGCAGUUUGGUCAAACUCAUGCUGGUAGCUUUGAGAACACUGUCCAACCAUCUUGUCCUCUGUUGUCCCCUUCUCCUUGUGCCCUCCAUCUUUCCCAACAUCAGGGUCUUUUCCAGGGAGUCUUCUCUUCUCAUGAGGUGGCCAAAGUAUUGGAGCCUCAGCUUCAGGGUCUGUCCUUCCAGUGAGCAUUCUGAUUUCCUUCAGAAUGGAGAGGUUUGUUCUUCUUGCCCUCCAUGGGACUCUCAAGAGUCAACAGGAUUUAGAUACCGCCAAAUCGCCAAAAACCUCUAAGCAGUUUGCAUAGAACUUUAUAAAAUAUUCACUAAAAAUACUGAUGAAUCCAAACAAUAAAAAUAAGUUGAUUUUUAAAGUAUAAUCAGCAGACAAUAUUACAUGUCUAAAUUACAUUUCUGGGUAGGCUUUUGUAAGCAUUUUAAUUUUUUUUAGGAUGUGCCAAAAACAAUAUAGCAAAGGUGCCUGCCGAUUAUCAAUGUGCGGCGAGUUCCAGCACGUAGGUGCUGCUACACAGAAAGACUGAUCCCAUGCAAGUGUUGAAUGAACGUUAUAUAGUUAUUGCAUCAGUAGUUUAUUAUGCAGGCCUGGUCCUGCCAUUGGGUAGAGUGAGGCUGUUGCUUCAAGAGUCAGGUGCUGCAGGAUGGGAAGGCAUGGCAUCAGGUUGGAGGACAGAGCUUUGUGUUCCACAUAGGCUGCCCUGUAUCUUCUUGAGCUAUCUUGCUGCCCUUAGAUAUGGGGAGAAUGUUUUUCCAUCACCAGGGUCAAUGUAAGAGUCAACUGCCAUUCAGGUUGACUUCUGUAUUUGGAAAUGCAGCGGGUUUGAGUGAUGUUAUCUUGUCCACUUAUCUUGCGGCAGCAUUUUUUGGAGGGAGUAUCCCUGAAGCAGAAGGUUAAUGCCUAUUGACUGUAUAUGUUUGACUUUCAGCUUGCCUCACAUUAAGGCAUUUGCUAAGCGUACCAUGAUCCUCCUUCUAGCUUUUAUGAUGGGCUUCUGGACCCUUUAUUGAUUGAUUAUUCAUUUCAUUUUUUUCCACUUUAUAUUUUUAAGAAAAAGAUCUCAGUGCAGUUUACAGCACAUUAAAACAUCUAUUAUUAUUAUUACCUGACAUUUUCAGAAGGUAAAAUUAAAAUUCGUUGGUUUUCCAAAAGCAGUAUGUGUGUUUCUUCACCACACAUAGACUUACCAAGCUAAAUGUUAUCCAGUCACAAAAAUAAUAGCAGAUUUGAAUUUGUCACUCUCAAAAUCAUCCUUUCAAGACCCUUGGGUCAUUUGUGUUCUCUUAGGAUGAGCCUCUUAGAGGCAUUCAAAAUGUGGUUUCUCACUAAGAUUCAUUGAUGCUGAACUUGGUACCCAGAAUUAAAGCAAAUUAUUUCCCUUCUUUUCUCUUUUGGUGAUGCAUUUCCUCUUUUUUGGGUGAUGGCUAAGUGGCCAGCCUAUGCUUUAUUCAUUUGAAAUAAUCUACAAAUCUUGCAUUGCAGGCUUUGAGUCUGAAUAGCGGGCUAAAUUCUGUUCUUUACUCUUUCUCUCUUUCUUGAGCUAUCUGCAUGCUGCCUUGGAACUAUGCUGAUUUAGGGCAAUUUAUUUGUUUUUAAAUAAUUUCAUCACAGACUUCCUCUUUGGAAUUGGAUGGGUCACUUUAAGCUGUGACUCAAUGCAUUGUUGAGCAGAAGAAAACUGCCUUUGCUAGCCUUAUUUUUGCUUGCUUCUUCUAAAUGUGCUCAGGAGCUGCAAGAAAAGCUGCUGCAGCCCUCCCUCCAAGCCUUGAAAUGACACUGCAAUUGAUAUUCUGCUGCGUCUUCGCCUAUCCUCAGGCCCGGCCAACAUGGCCAAAGAUGGGGAUGUAUGGACCAUAUGGAGAGUCACUGGCUGCCCACCCCUGUUCUAUAGUAAUACAGUGGCACCUUGAGUUACAAACACCUUGGGUUACAAAUGCUUCAGGUUACAAACUCCGCUAGCCUGGAAGGGUUACCUCGAGUUGAGAACUUUGCCCCAGGAUGAGAAUGGAAAUUGUGUGCCGGCGGCGCAGCAGCAAGAGGCCCCAUUAGCGAAAGCACGCCUCUAGUUAAGAAGAGUUUCAGCUUAAGAACGGACCUCCAGAACAAAUUAAGUUCGUAACUAGAAGUUCCACUGUACAGGUGAAAAGAAAAUAGCAAAACACCAGGCUUUGCCCUAUCCCAAUCCCAAUAGUUGUGAGUUGUGUGUUGGGGGGGGGGUAAUACCUGAGUGCCUCCUAUUUCCUGGACCCAGUAAGGAUUCAAUUGUUGGAAGUCCCAGACCAGCUUCUUGGUAAUGGCCCCCUAAGUAUGUGUCGUUAUGGAAGCAAAGGAAGCGGCUCUGUGCCAGAGGGAAGCUCCCUGGCUCUUGGUAGUUAGAAGGACAAAGGUGAGAGUUUUCUGUGAGAGAGCUAGAAGCUAGAAGCAGGCUGUCGGCAGAGGUAGGGUUGCCACCCAUCCCUAGAAAAAUGGGAUUGUCCCGUUUUUUGGACUAAAGUGUCCCAUUUGGACUCCUUUCCCCCCAUAUUAGAGCUCAUCCUCAAAACUGCACAGGCAGAGGGUGGGUGCAGCGGAAUGUGAGAGAGUGAGUUUGCAUGGGCAGGGCAGAGGAUGGGUCCAGUUCAUUAGGUUGGUUGGCACUGUCACUGUCCUUGCCACUGCUGUAUUAUCCUUCCCAAGUGCAGGAGUAUCUCCUCCCUUCCUUGACACCAUUGGGCAUGAGAGGGAGGUGGAUGGCCAGCCCAAAAUGGAGGCUGAGUCGCUGUUGGUGCGGUUGAUGAGGAGCGCGAGCGACAACAGGGAGAAGGGGGAAGGAGUGACCUCCUCUCCCUAACCUUGUCCCUUCCUUCCUUCCUUCCUUCCUUCCUUCCUUCCUUCCUUCUCGCUGGUGCUUCUCCUCAUCUGCCAGCCGCUGGUCUAGCAUGGUGCAGAUUCACUGAAUCGCCCUGGGUUCUAGUAUGAUGAGAGUGGGGAGUUUAUGCUCUCCAUGAACUUGUCUAAUCAUUUUAUGAAGCCAUCCAGCCUAGUGUCCAUCACUGCACAACUUCCCCUGUUUCAUCACACAUUUUUUUGAUGCUGCGUUAAAGUUAAAUCCCCAUGGGUGGGAUACGAACGUACAUAGGCUUUGUCCGGAGAGACGCGCGAUGUGGCACUUGGCUAGAUCAAGAAUUCCUUUUUAAUUGCCAAAAUAGAACAGAAUGUUGGGGUGUAAUAACUGAAAGAAGAAACGGGUUGGUUUGAAGCCCUUUGCUACGCAAGGUAAGCAGGACUGCUCCCGCCUGUCUAUGACAGCUGUCUGGGCAGUCGGCAAAGCACAGCGCUGCCAAGCCAGGCAUUAAAAGACAUCCAUUGUUCCUAGGCCAUCACAGCGAAAGAAACCGAUGUUAUCAACAACAGGUUGCUUUCAUCCUCUGAGCUGGCAAACGCAUGCCUUCCCCCUGAUACUCCAGAGCAGCUGUUUCUUUUCAGCAAAUGUUGUGGAUAAAAAUAUGAGCCUUGUGUUCCUCGUGCACUGUGCCUGGGACUUGCAAUUUGGGUGAGAAAUUCUUUGCACCCCCGGGUGAAAUUGGCACAGUGAGGAGUGCCUGCGGUUUGCCUCCUGUUUUGCUGUGGAAGCUCUGGAAUUCGCCACGCUUCCACCCCAGCCGUACCAUGCCCUGGCUCCAGGAUCAACGCUGGCCCACAAAACAGGGCUACAUCUGAUCUUUUUGACAUCCAGAGUGUGUUCCCAGUUCCCACCUCUCCAGGAAACAGUGCUGGGGAGGGGUUAAGAGUAGCUGUGGACAACUGUAAGUCAUGAUUGCUCAGAUAGACUGCUCUUGCCCAGCAGUUGCUGUGCAAUAAACCUGCACUUUGCUGCUGCCUUGUGUUUACAUGUGUCCAGUGUUUGCCUUCCCCAGUAGCAUUGAUUGCUUGAUGUGCUUUACUAUCACAGGAACACUGAGGAGCUACAACAGUAUCUCACCUUGCCUGGCCUGUUGACUUCUCUGAGCCUUGGGAACCUGAUUAAUUUGUUCUAUGCCAAAAAGAAAAUGUUGCCCAGUUUAACAGGCACAAUAUAUUGCAUUCCUGUCCAGGUUGCAGCAGGGCUAAUCCUGCUAUCCUACUGAGUACAAAGAGAAAUGGCAGGUGGUAUUCAGCAUCGCACUAUGGUUAGUUGUAAAUUGCUUUGGGUUGCCUGGGCAGGAUAAAGCAACUAACAAAUAUAACAGGUGAUGAUGAUGAACGUUCUGUCUGUGCAAGUAUUGCAGUUUUCCAUGUGGAACAAUCCCCGUCUCCUCCUGCUGCAUACUGUUUUGGGGGUUCUCCUGAUCACGCACCAAACCAGUUUCAGGGGGCAUGAAGAAGUGGGGGGGGGGAGCCCCUUUGCAGAAGUGGAAGUCCUUGCACAGGGCUCAUGCUAAUGGGGCUUGUUAGGUGAAUCCCAUCCGGGGAGAGGAUUUGUGUUGCUUGUCACCGAUCGCAUCACAAGCAAUGUCCAAGAGAUGCCAGUAGCAUUCAUGCACCUCCUCAGGAGUGCCAGCUUGGCCCUGUGAUUGUGGGUGCCUGGGGCCGUGGGUGCCAUGCAACAUGCAUGGCCCUGGCACGGAAAUUUGUGGGUGCCUGGGGCCUCUUUGUUCCAGAAUUUGGUGGGUGCUCGGGCACCCAAGGCCCCAGGAAGCUGGCACCUAUGCACCUCCAGUAUCUUCUACACCAGGGAUAGCCAAUGUUGUACCUCCAUAUGUUGUUGGACCCAUCAACCCAGCCAGUGUGACGAGUGGCCAUGGAUGAUGGGAUGAAAUAUACUCGGAGUUGAGAGUGGAUUUCAUACUCUUUAUUCAGCUCAUAGUGGUGAGGAGGAAUGGAAAUUCCUCCAGAAUGUCUGCUUUAUAUACAUUAUUUACACACUGGGCCCCACAUGAUUGGCUAAUUCCAGGAUUCUCCUGUAGGCCAAUCAGGUUGCGGAUUCACUUCCACCUGGGGUUGGAUUGGGUGGCUCCUGUGGACCAAUCGGACUGCUACAUUCUGAAUCCUAUUGUUCUAGGACCAAUCACACUGCUGCAUUUUGGAUCCUAUUCAACUCAGUACAUAACAUGGGAGUUGUAGUCUUAGAACAUCCAGAUGGCAUCACAUUAACUACUGAUGCUCAACACAGCAGUCACAGGGUGUGAACAAAAGGGACGAGGUCUUCAGCGGUUCUCCCCACUUUGUAUGACUCACAGGUAACUUCGUAAUCUGAGAGGAAAGCAUCAAGCUCUCCAAAGACCUCAGGAAUAAACUAGACGUAAUGGCGCAGUCACAUGUAUUUUAUACUUGCACCUGUCCUACAAGCACAUAAAAUAGGGGUGGCCAGUUCUGCUGUUUACAUGAAUAGGAUCAUAUGGGGGAGUGAAGUGAAACCUGCCUCCCCCGGGACUUUGCUGUCCCCUGUUGCAUUAAGCAGCUUCCUCCCAGCCCCACUCUAUCGUAGCAUCAUGAGAGAGGCUUAAAGCAGCAGAGCGUGUCAAGGUACUGUGGGUGUGGAUGACUACUCUGCAAUGUCUACUCUGGUAAAUAAGUGUCAGACCUUGGCCGAAACCAGAGAUGUUUCAUUGCUGGAAUCUAGUGCUAGCCCAGGCAGAACAGGGAUCCCAAAUCUGGAAGUCCUUGAUGGAUGUUGCUUGAGGAUGGGGUGGGGACGAGGUUCUGGAAGAGGCAGGUUGGGACUGAAUGGAGCCAAGACACAAGAUAGGCUGGUAGGUAGGUUCCAGAUCAACGCAGGGGAACCCAGUGUGUGUGGCUACUCAAUCAGACAAAUUGUUCUGAGCAAAGAGCCAAGUCUAGAACAACAGCUACCUAGAGCCAGCCAGGCCGCUAUUGGUUCCUCAGAUCACCUGGCUCAGCUGAGAUUUUGGGCCACUAAACACUCUUUGUUUUGGUGGUGCGACACAGGGAAGAUGUUCAGGCCAGUAAUUGCUUCACCUUGGGCUGUCCUCUUCACCUUUUCAUUUCCCUCUUCCCACAGUGGGAUUCUUACUUUCUGCACAUGGAUGUCUUAUUCCUGCUCUUACGUUCCGUUGUGGUUUCACUGCGGUCAUGCUGUUUACUCUAUGGAUUAGAGCAGGCACGACUAGGGUGUCCGGAUCAGAGUAGGGAAAAGGGAGAAAUUUGGUUCUGCCUCCAUUACUGCAAACCUACCUAAUUCCCACUUCCCAAAACAAUUCACAGACUGAAACACAGCUUUCCUUUGAAAUUUUGAAGUUUUCCAACCAAAAACAACAAUUUGUUCAAAUGAUUCUGUGACUUGAAAACAGAGACUCUGCAUGUUCUAUUGUUACCCAAGAGGAACAUUUUAAUAAAACCUUUUUUUUUUUAAUGUGCACAUUGUGCAUGUGUUAGUGAAAUUCAUUAUAUUAAGGAAAAUGGCAAACACAUUAAUUAGGAUAAACUUGCAGUUAAAUGCUGGUAAAUGUUUGCGAACUUAAGACCAGGGGAAAUCUGAAAGAAAGAAAAUCUUACCCUGGCAACUUCAUCAUUCCCAGGUCAGAAUAAAGCAGGAUUUACAGUCGGGCAAUCACAUUUGGUGAUAUGGCUACUAUAUGCACAACCAGAUCAGUUUAAAGGGGGAAUAAAGCUGAUAGAUGAAUAAGAGGAGCGAUGGCUAAGGGGUGAAUGAUUUUGCAGAAGAUUUAUCUGUCAAACAUGAAGGACAUUGUGGUCUUGUGAAAUGCUAGCCUUCACCUGCAGGUGGGGUUGACAGGUGCAUCCUUCCUCUUUGAAACACAGGAGGAGUAGAGAAAUGACAUUGUGGGGCAAACAUUUUGCUUAGAAACAGACAGGGCAGGAAAUUGUUAGCACUCACUGCCUUACACUGCUUUCCAUCCCAAAUAAGUGUCUGUAGCACUAUGUCAGUGGGAGAGAACAUGACCCCUCCAGGUCUUCUGUCCGACCAUUGGCCCUCUCCCCAACCCCCUCUCUGCAGGCUAUAUUCACCACCAUCCCUGCUCCACACCCUCACCAUAAGGGCUUUGCCUUUGGCCUGGCUGGAAUGUGAGCGUGCCUCUUGCUUGCCUGGGCGGAGGAAGGAUGAGAGUGUAUGAUUAAACCUCUGGCUUUUGCAUGGCUUGAAUGUAGCAUGUUGUUGUUGUUUAGUCAUUUAGUUGUGUCCGACUCUUCGUGACCCCAUGGACCAGACCACGCCAGGCACUCCUGUCUUCCACUGCCUCCCACAGUUUGGUCAAACUCAUGUUAGUAGCUUUGAAAACACUGUCCAACCAUCUCAUCCUCUGUCGUCCCCUUCUCCUUGUGCCCUCCAUCUUUCCCAACAUCAGGGUCUUUUCCAGGGAGUCUUCUCUUCUCAUGAGGUGGCCAAAGUAUUGGAGUCUCAGUUUCAGGAUCUGUCCUUCCAGUGAGCACUCAGGGCUGAUUUCCUUCAGAAUGGAGAGGUUUGAUCUUCUUGCAGUCCAUGGGACUCUCAAGAGUCUCCUCCAGCACCAUAAUUCAAAAGCAUCAAUUCUUUGGCGAUCAGCCUUUUUUAUGGUCCAGCUCUCACUUCCAUACAUCACUACUGGGAAAACCAUAGUUUUAACUAUACGGACCUUUGCUGGCAAGGUGAUGUCUCUGCUUUGCAUACCCUCCAACAUUUCUCCGACGAAAAUAGGGACGUCCCAUUCCAUAAUGAUAAUUUCACUAUUUAUACCCCACACAUCUUACUGGGUUGCACCAGCCACUCUGGACAGCUUCCAACAUAUAUAAAAACAUAAUAAAACAUUAAACAUUUUUUUAAUAAAACCUUCCCUGUACAUACAGGAUUGCCAUCAGUCAGCUCGGGGGUCAGAUGACUCCAUACCCUCCAACCUUUCUUCAGUGAAAAUAGGGAUGUCCUAAGGAAAAGUGGGACGUUCUGGGAUCAAAUUAGAAACCGGGACAGCUUCUCUAAAUCAGGGAUGUCCCUGAAAAUAGGGAAAAUAGGGGCACUUGGAGGGUUUGAUGUAGCCUACUGUCCAAAGGUAAGAGUCGUGUCCAUUGCUCCAGCAUCUGGCCCAAGCAACAGCUGACAUGUAGCUCCCAGAAAGUUCCAUAAAAGGGAAUGUAUGGAAGCCCCAUACAAGGGCCUUUAGGCUGAAAAAGGUCUUCCAUCCCCUACCCAAUGGAGUGAGAAUUCCUGUUUCCUGUUAAGACAUACCUGUUUUGUUCAGAUAGUGUGGAACUGUUUGUACUUUGGCUUAUUUCAGCACUUUCUGCAUUGCACAGAAGGCUACAUCUGGAAGUUAGCGCUCCUGGAUAGCAGUUGCCCAACUAUGCAUGGUGUUACUCAGCUCUUGCAUCCUGCAUGUGGUGCAUUCGCUUUAUCUUGUUUCCAACAGCUUGUUUCUCUUCCCUGGGAGCCUGAUCCACACAAAAAACCCUAUAAUAUCAGUGCUGUAGUUGGCAGUAGCUAGGAAAGGCAUCCUACCAAUAUCCAGUGCUUCUCCUGCUGUCAUGCCAUCAGUGGUUUUGAGUUGAUACUGUCUGCACAGAGGUUCCCAGGGGUGAGGGAGAAUGAAGAAACACAGAGGUGGAGGAACCGACUGAGGCAUCGCAUUACACUGCAUCCCAUGGUUUAUCGCUUGCACAAGCGGCCAAAGGGUUCUGCGGCAAAAGAGCUCUUACUACAGUCUUGUUUGACGAUAGUAGGUGUGGCGAGAUUCAGGAAGUCCCAGCUGCUCGCCCUCUUCUUGGGCACAUUGUAGGUUCAAUUGUGAAAACAUGAUAUGCUUUAAGAGCACUUGUUGCAAAGCUAGAUUGAAACAUUAGGUCCAGGAUAGGGAAUUGGAGGGUCUUUCCAGUUUUGGCCUGCACAUUUUCACAUGGCUGGGAACUACAAAUGGCAUGAUAGAUAAAACUGGCAUGAAAGAUAAAACAUUUAGCUAGAGCUCAUAUCCCUGACAUCUAAUUUUCUGUGUGCAGGGAAUAUGUAGGUGGGUCUUCUUUGUGGUGGCUCCCUGCCUCUGGAAUGACAUCCCCAUUAAGGCAUGGUCUUGCUGUUUUUUAAAGUAACUUUUUCUUGAGUUAUCAUAAAUAAGGAUAAUAGGGAUUAUAAAUGAUACAAAUAAAUAGACCAAGUCUUCUCAUGUCAAAAAUAGAGCAAUAAAUUUGCAGUAAUAUCUACAACAUGUGGCCUGUUAUUAGUGGUUGAUGUGUAAGUUCCUGGUUCAUGAAUUGGUUUAAACAAAAACAAAGGGGAAACAGAACAGAACAGAUAACAUUCAACUUUGCGUAGCUAAAUGCCUACUUAGGAGCCCCUACCAAGGAAUGUUGAGCACAAACAUUAUUAACCUCUCCUAAGCAACUGGAGAUGCUCCUCUUUAACCAGACCUUGGGGGUAGGGGCUGUGAUUUUUAAGCCAUUCUUAGAUGCUUAUUUAUUGCCUGCUUCUAUAUGUUGCUGAUUCAAUGUAUUUUAUUAACGUGAUAUUUUAUAGCACUGUUAUUUUUGUUGUAUAGGCAACAGCCGUUUUGUGUGGGGUUGUAUUCCUGACCCCCAUGCGCAUCGGCAGAGCAUACAUAAGCCCACCCUGCCCCGUCCUGUUACACCCCCAUCCUGCCAAUUUCGGGGUGGCGGCGAUGCACGGUGGCACACAUUUUGUGUUUUUUUUGUUUUUUUUUCUUUUUUCUUUUUUGUUUUUUUUUCUUUUUUUUCUUUUUAAUAAUUUUUAUUAAAUUUCAUAUUUCCAAAUUAAACACAUCAAAUCAAUUAGUCCAAAUUAUAACAAUACAUAUCAUAUAAUCCAAUUGUUUUCCAAAUUAUAAAUUUUUGUGGGGGGUACCCAUGCUUCUUGAUUGGCAGGAGUCCAAUCCUCGAAUAUUUGUUCUGCUUCCAUAUUAAGAAUGAUGUUUCCAGUUUCCUCUUCUCAAUACUUGUCAUUACUCAUUUUCCUUUCCAUUUUCCUCCGAUAUGCUCCGCAAGUGGGUUGAAAAAGACAGUCUUAUUUGUAUUUCUGUGUGGGCUUUGUGCUGCUCUCUCGUAAAUCACUCUCCUCCAACAGUCCUUUCCGCUCAAGCGAGUAAUCGCCAUUUUUGUCGUUCCGAUGAAAUACAGUCUAGAAGCUCGCUCUUUAGCUUUUCCGACCUGUUGCAUCGUAAAUUAGUCUUUUUGCAGGAGGGCUGCCUCUUCCAGUUCACAAUCUCCUCGAAAAUAAUAUAUCUUCGGCUCGCUCUCCCCAAGACCAACUCCAGCAACACAGGUCUCUUAUCAAGUUUCCAUUCUUACUGCGUCACAAGAGAGAGCCCUUCUUUCCAAAUCCUUCACAGAGUAAAACCUUUAAGUUCAUAAUUAUUCCCACACAAUUCAUUUUUAGUCCCAUUUGCAAUUAAUUUCUGAGACAGAUCUUCAGGGGGAGGGUUAUUAAUAAUCACAUAGAGCAAAAGAAAUAAAAAGUCGUUUCCCCCCCCCUUAGUUCCGGCAUUCCAAUCCACAUACCAUAUUUGUAGUACUUUGAUGUAAUCUUCCAUCUCAGUCCGUCUCAGUCUUCUUCCUUUCAGUGGUAAAAUUGUUAGCAGAUAAAAACCUCCUGCCUCUCUUGAAGCAUGUGCGUUAUCUUUCCUAAUUUUUUUUUUCCUUUUAAGUAACGCAACUAGUUUCGCUCCUGGAAGCAGCUUCGGAGGAGUUCCGAGGCCCGCCGAGGGUUGUGCACCCAGUGCCUCACCCCCUCCUUCUUCCGAACUCGGGGGUGAUUUAUGGCAACAGCGGGUGAAAACGGCAUCUCUCCCCCCUGGAGAGAUGAAGGGAGACUGAUAUACUCCCCAUAAUCAGCCUCUAAUUACCUCGUGCGAGCUGGAUAGAUGUUAAUAUCCGCCAUCUUCCAAGGCGCGGUGGCACACAUUUUGGACAAGUGUAAAACAGUUGUUGCCUGUAUAAUGUUUCCAUGCCAUGUCUUCCCACAUUUGGACCAUACGGUGAAGGGCGGACUGCAAAUAAGAUAAAUAAAAUAACAUACGCUUUCGUAUGGAUAGUUAUUUCAUCAUAUGAGCCCUUGCCCAUAGUCUUGAUCAUUGCCUUAUGCCUAGUCUCUUUCUGGGGCUGGGUGUUCAUCAGUAUGCAUAUGAUACCCAGCUCUACCUCUCUUUCAAAUCAGAACCAGUGAAGGCGGUGAAGAUCCUGUGUGAGUGUCUGCAGGCAGUUGGAGGAUGGAUGGUGGCUAACAGAUUGAGGGUGAAUCUUGACAAGACAGAAGUACUGCUUUGGGGGGACAGGAGGCGGGUGGGUGUGGAGGACUCCCUGGUCCUGAAUGGGGUAGCUGUGCCCCUGAAGGACCAGGUGCGCAGCCUGGGAGUCAUUUUGGACUCACAGCUGUCCAUGGAGGUCAAUUCUGUGUCCAGGGCAGCUGUUUACCAGCUCCAUCUGGUAGGCUGACUGAGACCCUACCUGCCCGCUGACUGCCUCAUGAGGGUGGUACAUGCUCUGGUUAUCUCCCGCUUGGACUACUGCAAUGUGCUCUACGUGGGGCUACCUUUGAAGGUGACCUGGAAACUACAACUAAUCCAGAAUGCGGCAGCUAGACUGGUGACUGGGAGCGUCCACCGAGACCACAUAACACCGGUCUUGAAAGACCUACAUUGGCUCCCAGUACGUUUCCGAGCACAAUUCAAAGUGUUGGUGCUGACCUUUAAAGCCCUAAACAGCCUCGGUCCAGUAUAUCUGAAGGAGCAUCUCCACCCCCAUCGUUCUACCCAGAUGCUGAGGUCCAGCACUGAGGGCCUUCUGGUGGUACCCUCACUGUGAGAAGCCAAGUUACAGGGAACCAGGCAGAGGGCCUUCUCGGUGGUGGCACCUGCCCACCCUCCCACCAGAUGUGAAAGAGAAAAACAACUACCAGACUUUUAGAAGACAUCUGAAGGCAGCCCUGUUUGGGGAAGCUUUUAAUGUUUGAUGUAUUAAAGGUAAAGGUACCCCUGCCCAUACGGGCCAGUCGUGUCCGACUCUAGGGUUGUGCGCUCAUCUCACUUAAGAGGCCGGGAGCCAGCGCUGUCCGGAGACACUUCCGGGUCACGUGGCCAGCGUGACGAAGCUGCUCUGGCGAGCCAGCACCAGCGCAGCACACGGAAACGCCGUUUACCUUCCCGCUAUAAAGCGGUACCUAUUUAUCUACUUGCACUUAGGGGUGCUUUCGAACUGCUAGGUGGGCAGGAGCUGGGACUGAACGAUGGGAGCUCACCCUGCCGUGGGGAUUCGAACCGCCAACCAUACGAUCGGCAAGUCCUAGGCACUGAGGUUUUACCCACAGCGCCACCCGCGUCCCUCUUUGAUGUAUUACGUUAUUAUAAUAUUUUGUUGGAAGCCGCCCAGAGUGGCUGGGGAAGCCCAGCCAGAUGGGCGGGGUAUAAAUAAUAAAUUAUUAUUAUUAUUUUAUUAUUUCCAGAACACCUUGGCAAAAGCGUUGUACGACAACAAAGCAGAGUGUCCAGAUGAGCUCGCCUUCCGCCGGGGAGACAUCCUGACGGUUCUUGAUCAGAAUCUCCUCGGGAGCGAGGGUUGGUGGAAAUGUUCGCUUCAUGGAAAGCAAGGCAUGGCACCUGCAAAUCGCCUCCAGCUCCUGACCACUUUACAGGCUCCUCCCUCCAUCCAGCCUGGCUCCCCAGGACCGCCAACCAUGCCACGGACUGUCUACCAGGUUCCUUCUGGGCGUAGGCCUCCUGUACCACUACCCGUCUAUGAAAAAAUGGACGGCUGGAUUAUGCCUCCUCCUCCUUCCUCUGCUCCUUACCCGCUGACACCGGAAGUUUACCAAGUGCCAGCGAUGGCAGCUAUACUGCUCAGUGAAAAGACCCAAAGUUCAUCGGACCAGGUAAAAAGGCAAGCAAACCCUAAAAGAGGAAAGUGGGGAGCAAACAGGCACUGAUGGUGACCCACAAUAUAAUGUGGUGUUUUGUUUUGUCUCACCCACCUUCUCCCUGCCUCCCCCUCCCCUUAAACACACACAUUCUGAAGUUUUUAUGAAGUUUUCCAAAAUUCCACACAUACAUUUCAAUACAUAAUAAAAGCUUUUCCCCCCUGACUUCCCACCCCCUUUUCCAUAGUGUUUCUGUUUCUCUCCCUCUGUUGCAUCCUGUCUUCUAUCUCUUAAAGCUUGGCAAAACUACCAUAAUCUUUAAUCCCUCCUGUUGCUCGUAGUUCAAACCCUGCCCGCAUGUUCAUCGUAUAAUAUCACACACAUAUUUCUUUUUCUUUCAUGUAAGUUGUGUAGUCCACUGUAGACCAUUUGCUGAUUUUCAGUAGACCAUCUCCUGCCUGCUGCUGGUAGAGGCGCUCUUGCAAAGAAUGAACCCAGGAAGUUGCCUUAUACUGAGUCAGACCAUUGGUCCAUCUAGCUUGCUAUUAACUGCACUGACCAGCAGUGGCUCUUUGGGAUUUUAGGGAGGGUUCUCCCCCAGCUCCACCUGGAGACGCCAGGGAUUGAAGCUUGGAUUAAAGGUAAAGGGACCCCUGACCAUUAGGUCCAGUUGUGACCGACUCUGGGGUUGCGGCGCUCAUCUCGCUUUAUUGGCCAAGGGAGCCGGCGUACAGCUUCCGGGUCAUGUGGCCAGCAUGACUAAGCCGCUUCUGGCGAACCAGAGCAGUGCACGGAAACGCCGUUUACCUUCCCGCCAGAGUGGUACCUAUUUAUCUACUUGCACUUUGACAUGCUUUCGAACUGCUAGGUUGGCAGGAGCAGGGACCGAGCAAUGGGAGCUUACCCUGUCGCAGGGAUUCGAACCGCUGACCUUCUGAUCGACAAGUUCUAGGCUCUGUGGUUUAACCCACAGUGACAGCUUGGAUUAUGUGCAUGCAAAACAGAUGUUCUACUACUGGGCUACGGCCCUUCUCCUGGCCUAGGUGGACUUAGGUACAAUUUAUCAGGGCAGGGGGAUAUACGGAGGUGUUAAUGGGACUCUGUUCUGGCAAGGGAUGGGCCAUGGCUCAGUGGCACAGCAUCUGCUUUCCAAGUUUUCAAGUUCCAAGUUUCCAAGUUCAAUCCCUGACAUCUCCAGAUAGGACGGAGAGAAAUCCCCACCUAAAGCCCAGGGUAGAACAGCAAUGGUGAACAAAGGGCCGAAUUCAGUCGUCUGUCUGGCCCUUGGGCUCUCCCCGGACCACACCUCCUCCUCAGCUAAACCCCUUCUCCACAGGCAACACUCCUUUGUUUUUUGCCUGACAAGAAUGUACAGUGGUACCUCUAGAUACAAACGGGAUCCGUUCCGGAGCCCCGUUCGCAUCUAGAGGUAAACGUAACUAGCAACGGCACGUCUGCGCACACGCGCAUCGCUUUUCGCUGCUUCUGCGCAUGUGCGUGACGUCAUUUUGAGCGUCUGCGCAAGCGGCAAAACCCGGAAGUAACGCGCUCCGUUACUUCUGGGUUGCCGAGGAGCGCAACUCGAAUGUGCUCAACUCGAAGCGUAUUUAACCCGAGGUAUGACUGUAUCUUUGAACUCUGGUAACGCUUCUUGCCUUCCUGGGUGGAGAACAGAGAGGGAUGUGUGGUUAAAUUUACAUGAAUUGCUGCACCCACUGUUGUGGUUGGCCCUGCCCACCUCCGACAUGUGGCCCCUGGAAGGCUUCCUAGAAGAGUUCCCCAAUCCUGGUGUAGACGGUACUAAGACAGAUGGACCAAUAGUCUCUGAUUCUGCAAGAAACAGUUUCCUAUGUAGUUGUUGUCAUAAGUCCAGGUUUCGGUCAUUGUCUUCUGAAGGGAAAAGCAGAAGGACUCUGGGGAUGGUUGGUGGUGAGAUUAGCAGGUGUAAUGGUUCUAGGGGUUGCUCGUGUGUAAAUCAUCGCCACACCUGGCUGGGUUGCCUGAGUGAACCCUUUCUGUCUGGACAGCCACUCGCCCGUGGCUGUCUCAGUUGCUGGCAGAAUCCGUCAGUGGGCUUUUCUUGAACUUCUUCCAGCAAAGAAGCUCUUUGACGCCUAGUCUCCGCCUAGUCUCCGCCUAGUCUCCCUGCGCGGAAGCCUUCUGCGCAGGGAGGGUGUGGGCAGCGGAGGACCCGUGCUCUCCCCGCUGGUCCCCAGCGAGGAGUCAUGGAGCCUCCUCGCCGAUUCCCCCAUCUGCCCCCCUUCUCCACUGGUGCUAAGCUGAUUUCCUUCCCCAGAAGAUGUGCUGCUUCUCUCCCUCCCGGGACGCUCUCCGGAACCCCUCUGGAGCCCUCCCUCUCCCUCUGGCUCCGAUGGCAGUUCCCUGACAGCAGGCUACAGAAGCAACUCCUCCAUUAACCUGAAGAUGACAUUUGAUGACAUGUCAAGGCUUCUCUCCCACCCUGAAAGGCCCCCUGAGUACCUCAGAAAUUCUGGAAGAAUAGCUGGAAGCCCUUAGGUUCAGGCCCCCUCUACACUAUACAGUGGUACCUCAGGUUACAUAUGCUUCAGGUUACAGACUCCACUAACCCAGAAAUAUUACCUCAGGUUAAGAACUUUGCUUCAGGAUGAGAACAGAAAUUGUGCUCCAGCGGCGCAGCAGCAGCGGGAGGCCCCAUUAGCUAAAGUGGUGCUUCAGGUUAAGAACAGUUUCAGGUUAAGAACGGACCUCCGGAACAAAUUAAGUACUUAACCUGAGGUACCACUGUACAUUGAAAGCAGUAUUGUACCACCUUAAGAAGUCAUGGCUACCCCCCCCCCAAGAAUUCUGGAAACUGCUAGAGUUGUUAGGAGACUCCCUAUUCCUCCCAGAGAGCUACAACCCACCCACCCUCAAAAUAUAAAUAUGAAUCAUCAUCAUCAUUAUUAUUAACAUUUAUCAGUUGCUUUAUAAAGUGAAAUGCAACACAUAAAAGCAAUUUAAAACCAAAAAAUAAAAUAAAACCAUGAACAAUGCAAAAAACAUAAAAUACUCAUCAAGCAACAUAUUGCUAAAGACAAGUCCUACCUUUCCAGGCACAUCUCCCUGGAAAAAGCAUUACAGAGGAGCGUUACAGAGAAAGGGCACAUUCUCUGCAUCCCCCUUAGGUAGGGCACACAGAAAAGGGUUUCUGAUGAAGACUGCAGGGCGCAGACUGGUUCAUAUGGGGAGAGGUGAUCCUUGAGGCAUUGCGGCUUUGAGUUGUAUAAGCUUUCAUGGUCAAAACCCAGCACUUUGAAUUGCACCUGGAAACUAAUUGGUAGUUAAGUAAAAACAAGAUGGAUUGCUGCUUGCCACUUCAUAAGCAUAUGCCUUCUUUGGCCCACUGAUACCUCAACUUUAUCAGAGGUAUUUGGCUGACCCCAACUGGAGACACACUGGCAAAGUAGAUGCAACUUAGCCUGAUUGAGUUUAGCAGUUCUUCAUCUUCCUAGGUAAAGGUAAAGGACCCCUGACCGUUAGGUCCAGUCGUGACUGACUCUGGGGUUGCGGCACUCAUUUCGCUUUAUUGGCCGAGGGAGCCGGCGUACAGCUUCCGGGUCAUGUGGCCAGCAUGACUAAGCCACUUCUGGCGAACCAGAGCAGCGCACAGAAACGCCGUUUACCUUCCUGCCAGAGCGGUACCUAUUUAUCUACUUGCACUUUGAUGUGCUUUCGAACUGCUAGGUUGGCAGGAGCAGGGACCGAGCAACGGGAGCUCACUCCAUCACGGGGAUUCGAACCGCCAACCUUCUGAUCAGCAAGUCCUAGGCUCUGUGGUUUAACCCACAGUGCCACCCGCGUCCCAUGCUUCAUCUUCCUAAACGGCUUUAAAUGCUGAAAAAGAGCAAGUAACUGAAACUGCCUCACCCAACCCUUUAUGGCACUGGAAGUUCUCUGGGAUUACAUCAUACCCUGCAUCACAGUUGUCGCUACAAAGGACAAAUGUGCCACAGCAAUUCAACACGACACACACCAGCACACGUGCGUACACACACACUUAAAGAACGUGGAGGGUGAAUGGCCCCAGCUGGGUGCAGGAAUAGAAACAGGGUAGUCCAAAUUGCAGGGAGACAGCUGGCGGGUGAUCAGCUGUUCCCCGAGCAGCCGGCCAAAACCUUUGACAUUCUGCUUGAGACUCUUAAUACGGAAUCUGUCUGAGGAAGACUCACAUGUGUACGCCCCAAUCUUUAAGCUUCUACAGUGGAAAUCUCCACUAUUCCAGCAACACUUUCCCUAAACACAGGAGUCAAUUCACACAUGACAGUGAGGGUAUAGCCUUCUGCAUGAGUGUACUAAAUGACUGAAGAAGGAGCCUCAACAUUCACUAUAAUCACAGUGCUGCUGCCAUCCAUAGGUUGUGUUAAGUUGUGGGUGAACAUAUCUGAUGACACAGCGAUUCUUCAAACAGCUCUUGUUUAUUCACAGGCCAGAAGAGUUCAGCCAGCCUGCUUAUAUAGCGCUCCACUACAACGCGACAGUAACCACUUUCUGUAACUAUCCAAUCACUGAACGUCACUUUCAAUCCCUUAUUUGCAUAUGUGGACCUGAGUGAAAACUAUCUACAGUAUCCCCCUGCUGGCCCAGGGUGGGAACUUCACUACAUAACACCUUGAGUUGAAAGGAGCAUGUAGGUAGGCACUCGGUGUGAUCAUGACCCCCCCCCCCCAGUUGAACAGAUGCUCCUUUCCCACAUGUCCCAUUCAAAGGACAUCGAGAGGUGGGGCUGGUGCAAUGGGGCAGAGCCAGUGGGGUGCAGUCCCACCCCUUCCACAUUCUUAAGUUUGUACGUAGAAGCACGCACACUGCCACAACACCCUUGAUAUCCAUGUCCAAGAAUGCUAGAUUAGGCAGGAUUGCUGAUCAUUUUUCAGGUCCAGAAGAUUCAAAGUUAUUGGGUUGGUUUUUAAAUCAUGAAUCUAACCACUGGAUUCUCUCCCCGCACCCCCGGAUGCAGCUAUAGAGGAAAAUAUACUGACUGUGGGUUGUACCCAGUGGUAGCUCUGAACUAGUGGAAAGGCUUCCAUCAGUACAGGGCAAGGCACCCCAUUCUCACCAGUCCUCCCUGACAAUUGCAGCUCUCUGUGCCAUAAUCCUUGGAUUGGGGGGGGGGGCACAGGGAGCUGCACAUGGUGGGAAGAAUCAGUGAAAAUCCGGUGCCCAGCACCAUUGGAUACAGCCCGCUAUUCCAACCAGUUGCUCAGGAUAUUGUAAACUGGAUCCUGAUAGCUGGGUGCUGGCCUUUCCUUUUAAAAAUGCGGUUUGAAAUGUGGUCGAUUGCUCACAUUUAGUUUUUCGCCGGUUCCCUGUAACUUAUGGUUCUCCUCCGUCAACCUCUUGCACCCUUUGGCUGUCUAUCACAACAUUUCCAUCUCAGGGGAUGGAGCUUGCUUUGCCCCUGAAUCAAUACUUUCCUAGGAAGUCUUUGGUAGCCUUCUGGGCAGCUGAAAACAUGCCUUUUAGAGGCGACCUGCCCAUGGAGUGUUGCCAGUGGCCCUGGGAAGGGACCUCCCUUCCGUUUCACAGCCUUUCUGAUCUUUUUCGUGUUGUAAUACUUCUAACCUCGGCUGGAAACUUCCUGGGGUGAGACACUUGGUGUUCCAAUGUUGCAAUCUGUUGACAAAAUUGGGUGGUGUGGGGAGGGUAUGAACUGCUUCAGAAUAGGUAGACGCACUGCGUUUACAAGGCAGAUUUCCUUGCCGCUAGCAACUCAGAAGUUUGAGUGGUUUUUCUCUGGAAUGGUCGUACUUCCAACAUCUCUCUGACGAAACACAUGCCAGGGUCUUGCUUGUAAGCACCUUCAAGGGAGUGGCGCAACAUCUGCUUUCCAUGCAGAAGGUUCCAGGUUCAAUCCCUGACAUCUCCAGGUAAGGCUAGAAAUAUCCGCUUUCUGAAACCCUGGAAAGCUGCUCCCAGACUCCAUCAAUACUGAGCUAGAUGGAUUCAUGAUCUGACUCAGUGUAAGGCAGCUUCCUAUGUUCCUGUCUGUGUCUAUUCUUGUCAGAGCUGGCUCCAGGUUUGAAAGGGCGAAGUGCUCUCUGGGCCUUCACCUGCAUUGGUGGGCUCACCUAGUGAGCUUACCUGGUGGCAGCAGAUGCAGCAGUGCUCUGAUCAGACUCUUUUAAACUAGAGCAUAAAGGAAACGGGGCAGUCUCUUUUAUUUGGUUCUCAUUUUAAUAGCACCUUAGUGUGAAGUGUUUUAAUAGAAUUAUAGUGGUUCACAGUCGCAACAUCUUGGCAGUGUGGCCGCUAACAUUGAUAUGUUCCUGAUGUAAAACCUUAGAUGAGAGAAUAGCUUUCCCAAAAGACAUACAUUAUUACUGUUCUAUUCCAACUGAUCAGAUUUUUCUAUAGGAGUAAACGUGGCGGCUGAGUGGGGAUCUUAGAGGGACUGGGCUUACCUCGCCUGUCCUCCUCUCUAGGGUUUAUAGCACUGUUUCUCCUGUCUUUCCAGGCAUCUCUUUGGAGAAAAUAGCAGGACCUCUCCUGACUUCUCUUUACUAGAUUUUAAUCUUGGAUGCCUUAUGUACUACCCCCUCUAAUAAGCACCUUGGUGGCACAGAUCAUUGUUUACUAAUCAGUGAUUUUAUUAUAUUAUAUUAUGUUAUGUUAAAGAAACCCGCCAGACAAAAAUGGCCAAAAUGGGAAAUCAUUAUUCAAAGAACAAUCUCAUUCUGCAGAUACCUCUGUGGCCAGGAGUGCCUUUUUACCAGCUUCAUAGUCCAUGCAUUAGUAAUUUCAGGACUAGAGUACUGCAAUGAGCUUUAGUCAAGGCUGGCCUUGGACGUGGUCUGGAACCUCCAGCAAGUGCAGAAUGCAGCGGCUAGACUGCUGAUGGGGCAGGUGGCUGGCAGCAUGCGACACUUCUGCUCAAACACACGCACUGGCUGCUCACAUGCUCCUGGGCCAGCUCAAAAAUAGACUGACAAUAGCUACUGAUCUUUAUAAAAUGUUCACAGAUCCUGUAACCUCUUUUCAAUUUCUUCAUUGUUUUCUUCCCAGCACCUCUACACUCUUCCCAGAGCAACCUGGGCAUCAUCAAUGGAGAGGAAAAGUGAUAUAUAUGACGUCCCAUCACCGCAGCAUCAUGUAUUCACACAGGUGAGGCCCUCUGCCUUGAUUGAUAUGGCUAUCAGGUAACAACAGGCAGUCAGUUAAACAUCAUUGCCAGCUAUCCUUCUAAAAAAAAAACACAACUGGGGGGAAAUGUUUCACGGCCCAGUAGUGUGUGGAGACCUACCAGCUGAAGACCAAGCAGCUAGUUAGUGCCUGUGACAACACAGGGGUCAGAUAACAUGCUCUCCUUUCCCUGCCUUAUUUUCAGACAAGAUUUUCUUUUAAAGUCGACUUCUCUUUGUAGAGGCUGAGCAUUCCUUGCUAUGCCACCGCAUUGAGUAGAUCCAUAUUUUAAUUCAGAUCUCCGGAAAUACGUUUAGUAAGCCACUCUGCCAUCUAGUGCUCGUUCUUUUUCAGUGUGCCAUUAUAAUGCAAUCAGAUUUUUUUUGACAGUACAGAAAUGACCAGGAGCCACGCAGAUCCCUCAACUCCACCAGUGAAAUUCCUGCCUAGCCGCUCGCUGGGGUUUUAUAUGUUUGCAUAUUCGUCUUUGCAGUCAAAAGUGCUAGUGUUGUUGUUGGCAACCUUCUGUUUCGGGAAACAAUGGAGGAGUAAGCCUUUGCAGGUGAAGUCAGACUGUUGGAAGGUUGUGGCGCCUGCUGUGGCUGUAGAGACCGAUAUGGGACAGACAUGUUUUGUUGCAGCUGGGGCAGAUGAAGGUGGCCAUUUGUGCUGCUGCAGAUGCACCAUGGCGUUUCUUCACUCUACGCAACUCCCAGUAGUCAUUCCUCCUCUGGUAUCUCCUAUGGGUACAUGACCUGACUGCCUGUCUCCUGGCACUGCAGUGGUCUGCAAGGGAUUCCCACAUGGAAGGGUUGAUGUUGACAGCCUUCAUGUCACAUUUGCAGACACUAAUUUUAAAAAAUUAAACACUGAAACGUUAGUGUUAGUCUGGGCUAUGCACAAUCUAGAUUGUGGAGGUCAGUGACUGGGAAGCAGGAACAGCCAAUGGCGCCUAAGGUAUACCAAACAGAAGGCCAAACUCCUGUUGUUUAUACCAGGCUUGGCCAAUUGAGAGUCUCACUACUACUUUACAAUAGCGGGGGCCUAUUCUUUUCUGACUGUGAGACAUAAACAAAACACUUGGCUAGAUCCCAGCCCCUACUUCCUGGGAGUCCCUGAUAGGUUGGCACCAGGACUGACAGCAUGCUUAGCAUGGUUUUCCCUGAUAUGCCUUUUUCUACGCCAUAGCCCUUGUCCCACUGUCUUACCCAACAGCAGCACUCCUCAUGAGGCAGGUACCAUUUUAAAGGUAAAAGGUAAAGCGACCCCUGACCAUUAGGUCCAGUCGUGGCCGACUCUGGGGUUGCGGCACUCAUCUCGCGUUAUUGGCCGAGGGAGCCUGCGUACAGCUUCUAGGUCAUGUAGCCAGCAUGACUAAGCUGCUUCUGGCGAACCAGAGCAGCACACAGAAAUGCCAUUUACCUUCCCGCCGGAGCAGUACCUAUUUAUCUACUUGCACUUUAACGUGCUUUCGAACUGCUAGGUUGGCAGGAGCAGGGAUCAAGCAACGGGAGCUCACCCCGUUGCGGGGAUUUGAACCGCCGACCUUCUGAUUGGCAACUCCUAGGCUCUGUGGUUUAACCCACAGCGCCAUCCGCGUCCCUAGGUACCAUUUUAACAUCCCACAAUGUUCCAGUGCAAUGUAUGGAAAUGUUAAAGUGAUGGCAGGGCAGGCAUCAGUUCUGGGCCCUGCGCAGAAGACUGAUCCUUCAGUAUGGUAAUGCCAGGCCUGAUCCCUGACAUUAAAACCUCUUCCAAAUAUUACACAGUUGCAUUCACAGAGUUACAGAAAAUGGCAUAAGGACUACUCCUGUUCUUUUUUCUCUACCUUUUUUAAUCUGGGGAGACUUAGGGAGACUCGUAACAACCAAAUCCAAAGAACUUCUGUGCAUGCAUUGAAAGAAAUGUGUACAAUUAUUCCUCCAGUGCUGUUCGUAAAGCAUACAGAUUAAUUUCUUUUUAACCAUUUAACUAGGGUCUUGCCACACCACCCUCUUCCAGAAAGGGCUCCAAACUAUUCCCCUCCAAAGAAUGCUACCUGGGAACAGCACAGCAGCUUUACGAUAUCCCGCUGAGCCCAGAAAAGCCACGAACUCACACACUGCAAGAACCUUCCUUAGAAAAUGUAAGUGCAGCGUACUUUGUUGUGUGGAUCAUGAAGCUUUGUCGUUCUCUGUCAGUCAUGCUGCUCUUAUCAUGGGGACCUGGUUGUGGAUGGGCUGAACUGGCGUGUGACUUCUACAAAACCCGGGUCCUUCAGGUCAGUUGCUGGAGGUUGAAGGGAGAACAAGAGGUUGGCUACUACCUCCAAUGUCGGCUUGCAGGUACAGGCAGCUGCAGAUCUGAGGAGGCAAUGGAUGGAGCCUCUCCCCUGUUGGUGGCCAUCUUGGGCUUCCUUGGUGUCAAGCUGCUGCCAGCGACUCAUAGCCGGUUGCCCAGGAAAGGAACGUUUCUUACCCUCUGCUUUUUAUUCAGUAUUUACAGAGACAGGCUAUAGAACCCAGUCUCUUGGGUCAUGGCGUUGUCCCGAGUGAAUCUCCACCCUCCGUUCCCCCACUUCCUCAUUUGUCAAUCUCAUCAUCUCUCCUACUGUUGCCGUUACAUGGCCAAUGUAUUUGAGCUCUUUGCUCUCCUACUUUCAAGGCUCGCCAGCUUCUGGGAGGGGGAUGUCUGAAACGCUUUCUAAAGACAUUGUGUCUGUCAGCUGCCGCCCAGCUGGUGCUUCUUCCUCCUCUUCCUCCUCUCCCACUAUUUCCCAACUUUCCCCCUCAUCUGCCUCUGAGCUGUGACCUCUGUUGUAAAUCUAAACUGUCUUCCUCUUGGUCCUCCCUGGAAGGGUCAAGCUGGGGAGACAGUCUCCAUCAUUCCUCCUCUGCCCAGUCCCUGACACUUGGCAGUGUCAGGAAGCAGUACUCUGAACAAGCAGCAACCGGGGGGUCUGAGCCUAGUGCAUUUUUUGAGUUUUUGUUAUGUUCGUAUUGUUUCAUUUGGUUUUAAAAUUGCUAGCAUGGGAUUCUGUUUUUUCUCUUUUGUACACUGCUUUGAGUUUGCAGAAGUGGAAUAAAAUUGCAAUUGUAAUAGCAUGCAUUUUGCUGUUUUCCAGGUGUAUGUCAUUCCCACACCACUUUCAAGAGAACGUGACAUUAUAGAAAGAGGGCCUCAAGGAAAGCAUCCGGGUCCUUACAAUACUUUGCCAAACCUUCGGAAAUCAGAAUGGAUCUAUGAUAUACCUGUGUCACCCGAAAAAGCAGGGUUAAACUCAGCUCUUCAGAAUCGUUCGCCAAAUAUACAUGCGUUUUAUGAUAUACCACCAACGAGGCUCGAUUCUGGUACGCAGAAAAUCCUGCUAACAAAUAAUGAAGUCAAACUGGUAACUUCAGAAGUAUAUGAUGUUCCACCUGUACAAAGGAAACUAACUCUUCCAGAAAUUCCUCUGUAUGACAUACCAUCCACACAUGAAGCCUUAGUGCAGCGUCAGAAUGGUAACUACGAUGUUCCUUUGGGUGCUCUGUCCUCCAUGAUUGAAAAGGAGAGCCAUCAACAGACUGUCUAUGAUAUACCAAGAGGAAAGCCUGUCGUAUCGUCUCAAAAGAAAGAAAACACACAGAGUCCUAAUUCUGGAGACCACACGUAUGUUUUCCCUCUACCACAUUACACAGAUAGCAAACGAGACCAAGAUCGAUUGUCUGUUUCCAGUGUGGACAGCAGAACCAGCACCAUAUCAACAUGGUCAAGCUCUUCUACUGAGUCCUGUUCCUCUGCAGCAUCCUCAUCUGCCCCUUCUUCAUCAUCAGAAGAACCCGCUAAAGAAGCAACAAUGGAACUUGAGUUUGCCAUAGAAACACUGACUAAGCUCCAGCAUAGCGUGUCCAGUUCAGUUGCAAGUCUCAUGAUCUUUGUGAGCAGCAGAUGGAGGUACCAAGAACACCUGGAGGGAAACCUUGAGGAAAUCCACCGGGCGGUUGACCACAUAAGGGUCUCGUUGGGAGAAUUCUUGGACUUUGCUAGAGCCAUUGAAGGAAACUCUGCUCGGUCCUCGGACAGUAAACUUCAUGCGAGAAUUAAAAAGCAGCUGAAUAUCCUCACGGACUCAUUUCAGAUGCUGGUGGAAACGAGAGAGGCCUUGAAUAACUGCAAAUGGUCGCUCGAUGUUCUAGUCAUUGAGAAGCCUCAGAACAACCCGGAUGAUCUGGAUCGGUUUGUUAUGAUUGCUCGCACCAUUCCAGAUGACAUCAAGAGAUUUGCAUCUAUCAUCAUAGCUAAUGGGAAGCUACUUUUCAGAAAGAACUGCAAAGAGAAAGAAGGCAAGGAAUGGAGAGUUGGUGCAGAACAUGAAAUAAUUAAGCCCGGAGCUGAACAGCGGGUAGAUUCUCUUUUAAGACAUAUUUUAGAUAAGCCAAAAGAAAAUAGCCCAUGUCUGGAGAAAGCAAAAGCUGCCAACACUGAAGUUUGUGAUUAUAGUCAGCAACAGGUCAGUAGGGCUUUGAUAUACAUGCACAAUAUCAUGCCUUUCAUUCUAGAUUAAUUAAACUAGAAUACCUACCACUCCAAUUUUGAACGUACGAACUUUAAUUUAAAAAUUAAUAUGCCUUUCAGUCCAAGAUUAUUGAGGCAGAUAACAUACAACAAAAGACCAUAUUGAAAAUCACAAAAAUAGAAUAAACAGAAAGGGUAAAAUACUAAGAAAUGUAGUGACAAUGGAAGCUAGGUCGAACGAAAAAUGUCUAUGUGUCUUUACCCAUAGCUAAGAGGUUGAUCAUCUUACUUGCAUGCAGAAAAAUGUCUAUGUGUCUUUACCCAUAGCUAAGAGGUUGAUCAUCUUACUUGCAUGCAGAAGGUACCAAGUUUGAUUCCUAGCAUCUCCCGGUAGGGCGAGGAGGGACUCCUGCCUAAAACCCUGGAGAGCUGCUGAAAAUCAGUGUAGACAACACUGAGCAAGAUGGAACAAUGUUCUGACUCAUUAUAAGUCAGCUUCUGAUAAUGUUUUUUUAAAACUAUUUUUUUAUAAAGCUUAGAGCUCAGAGGGCAUUUGGACAGGAUUUCCAAUGAUGCAUGAUCAUACAGCAUGUAGUCUUUUUCCCAUUUAAGGAUUAUGGCCAUCUAUGUUAAAUAUAAUACAUACAUGUGUUUCCCCCCCACCCUUUGCAGAAAUCACCAGGACCGGACAAGACACAACCAUCUCUUUCAUCUAGCAAGGUGGAGAGGAAGAAUGUCAAGUUAAAAAUAAAGGUAAAGUUAUUCUUUGCAGCAAAGAUCUAAAAUUAUUAAUCUGGUUCAGAUUUUUUUCAGCACUCCCACACCACAAUCAGGCUUUAAAAAAUGUCUCCUUUUCACUGGAGGUUCCCCACUGUGAUAUAUAAUCCUUCAAAUCACACCUUUGUUCCAUUGAAAUUAUGAGUGGAACAUUUAGUUGAUAGAUCUGUUAACAGAUUAAUUUAGUAAAAAACAUUUUGACCAACUAAAACAGUUUUCCACAGUUAAUCAGGCAGCAUAUUCCCUGCUCCCAAGUGUAUUGUUAUUAAAAACCCUGAUGUACCAAGAAACAUUCCCUCCUGUGUGAAAGAAAGUAGAAUGUCUCUUUAAAGAUGAUGACUGACACAUGCAGACAUAAUCUUAAAACACCAUUUUCUCAUGUGCAGAUUUAUGCAGAUUUUAUUCUCUAAUUAAUUAAUUGACAGGUAACAUAUGCAAUUAAUUGAAUAACAUUCCAUAAAUUGAGUUACCGCCCUAGUUCAAUCCCCGACUUCGCUAGAGGAAAGAAUUUGGUAAUAGGUGACUUCCGCCUGAUUCCUUGGAGAGCUAUUGCCAGUCAUAGUAGACCAAGCUGGGCUAAAUGUCUGAUACAGCAUAAGGCAGGUUUCUGUGUCCCUAACUGUAGUAUUUCUGAGUAUUCUGGUAUUAGUAAAUAACCUUUACUUCUGAUGUGAUGGAAUGCCUUACAAAAAAACUACACUCAGUCUUCCCCAGGUUGAUGUGCUCCAAUUUGUCUUUGACUACAACUCCCACCAUCCCUGACCAUUUGCCAUGCUCAUUGGGACUGAUGGGAGUUGGAGACCAACAACAUCUGGAAGGUACCAGGCUGGAGAAUCAUAGAGUUGGAAGUGAACCCAAGGGUCAUCUAGUCCAACCCCUGCAAUGCAGGAAUCUCAGCUAAAUCAUCCAUUACAGAUGUCCACCCAACCUCUGUUUAAAAGCCUCCAAGGAAGGAGACCACCACUUCUCAUGGGAGUCUGUUCCACUGCUGAACAGCUCUUACUGUCAGAUAGCUUUUCCAUAUGUUUAGUUGGAAUCUCCUUUCUUGCAACUUGAAGCCAUUGGUUCGAGUCCUACCCUCCAGAGCAGGAGAAAACAAGCGUGCUCCCUCCUUCAUGUGACAGCCCUUAAGAUAUUGGAAGAUGGUUUACCAUAUCUCCUGUCAGUCUCCUCCACCUAUGAUGAGGCAUAAUGUUGUGGGCAAGGAGGAUUCAACCAAGAAGAUGAAUGUUGAUAGCUCUCAGUAAUAGUUCUUGUUUUCGUUUUUCCCUCUCUAGGAUUCUCCACCUAUGAUGAGGCAUAAUGUUGUGGGCAAGGAGGAUUCAACCAAAAAGAUGGUCCUCUCUGAUCUCUGCAGACUGUAUUUUGGUGCUGUCCAGAAGGCCAUUGGUGUCUUCCACAAAAGUCUUAGCAACGAUCUGGCUCCUGAAGUUUUCAUAGCCAACAGCAAAAUGAUAAUUAUGGUGGGCCAAAAGUUGGUGGACGCCUUAUGUCAGGAAGCCCUUCAGAAGGCCGAUCGAAACGAGAUAUUGCAUGGCAGCAGCAACUUUUGUGGUUUGCUUAAGAACUUGGCAGUUGCAACGAAAAAUGCUGCAAUGCAAUAUCCAAGCCCCGAGGCAAUGAAGGAACUUCAGAAUCAAGCUGAUGGGCUGUCGAAGUAUACACAGCAAUUCCGAGCAAUGAUGGAAUGAGGCCAUCAUUCUUCUGGUGUUCUGAGGAUACCCCAUACUGACAGGUCUUCAGAUUCAGGCAUUCGUUCAGAAAUCCUGUGCUAUCAAGAUUCUUGAAUGUGGGGAGGAUUCGAGCUGCACUCAGUGAAACACUUUUAACAACCCCCCUUCAGAACUUCCCAUUUGACACAGGAAGGUUUGGAGUGGAGGAAGUGGGGGGCUGCUACCUGCAGUCCCUUCACAGUGCAGGGUAACAAUAGAACAGAAGCUGAAUUCCAACAAGGCAGACCCUGUGGGUGAGUAGUUCCAGGAAUUAGAUGGGCUGCCUAUUCUGAAUGCAUUGCAUUCUCCCUGAAAGAACGUGUGUGAAGUUUGAAGGUGCUCCUGGAAACAUCAAUGUCACUGGAGGCCACCUUUUCUGCUUCCAAUGGUACACCGUAACUACAACUAGACUGAAAUAAGUUGGUUGCAGUGACCCAUGCACUGGUAACCACAAGUUUGGAUUAAUGUUAUGUGCUCUUUGUGGGUCUGUUCUUAGGAAGUUGUAACUGGUGCCGAAUGUGGCAGCUAUGCUUCUAACCACCUCUCUUGAAGAUGCUGCAAGGGAUGGCAAUGGACUACUGAGCCCAGUUCAAGGUUUUCUUAUGGACUUAUAUGACCCUAAACAACUUGGGACCCAGUUAUCUGACAGAGCGCCUCCUUCCAUAUGAUCCUGUCUGUUCAUUAAGAUCUUCAGGGGAACCCCUCCUAGUGGUGCCAUGACCUGCAAUGGUCCAUCUGGUGACAACCAGGAAGAGGCCAUUCUCUACAGUUGUACCAGUGCUAUGGAGUAGUCUCUCCUCAGAAAUACAGCAGGCACAUUCAGCGUUACGUUUCCACCGACAGUUUAAAACAUUUUUUAUUGAUGCAAAUAUCUGCCAGCCAUUAAUGCUGGCUUAAUUGUCCUCUGCUCAUUGUUUUAUUGUGUAUUUAUGCAGUUUGAUGUAAUUCUACUGUAAUUUUAUCAUUGUACACUGCUUUGAUACAUAUUAAGUGAGAAGUCUUUUAAUAAAUAAAUUUAAAUC